CGCUUAUAUCAUCCCAUCUUCAAUGCUCGAUCGAGUACCACUUGAAAUCGCGCUGCACAUAAUAUCGUUGGUGCCUUUGACGACUUUCAAAACUCUAUAUCAGGUACUGCCAGAAACCAUCGUAGACGAAGCACUACGGAUCCAUCUCUCAUCGUCGUCGAGGCAUGACAACAACAAGAAGAAUAGUGAGCCGUUACUGAACCUGGUGUCGACAAACUUAUGUGAGCUAUCUGCACCUCGACCGAAUGCGAGUUGUUGGCUCAAAAACGAGUCGUGGGUCCCACUGUACUUUGCGAAAAUGGAUAUCCCAAGUCGUAUCCUAUGGUUGUUUCCAGGCUUUGCAUCGGAACAGCAUUAUUUCAGGGUGGAGGAUUCGUAUGUAUCCCAUGGCAAGUUAUUACUGAGACCAACAGCAGAGCAGCUCUCAUACAAUUAUCAUCAUGGACAGCGACAGUCAUCAAGCAGUAGAGGAGGAAAAGAAGUAGCAGGAGCAAGAGAAGGUGGUGGUGGUAGAACGACGCUGGCAUCACUGUGGGAUAUUCGCAAACAGCUUCCGCCGACACGCGCUGGCACGUUUUCCGGAGCAAGCGAAUUCGCAACACAAUCGCAAUCAAGUCGGGAAAUGACCAUUGAGCAAAUGGGCUGCUGGGUCGAUGCUUGUCUUUUGUGUCCUAGCACCAACGAUAACACCAUUGCAGCGGAGACGACAGCAACCUUCACCACCACCUUUACCACCAACGACAACGACAACGACAACGACAACGCGGCAGCAGCAGCAGCGUUGGACCCACCAAGGCCAGUAUUACCAAAGGAAUAUGCUCGCCGCGUGCCUGCACGGGAACGGGACCCGAUGUCUAUGAGCAGUAGGGCAUGUGGGUAUUUUUUAGUCGAACGGGUGGGACUGAGCAUCCCGUCGCUUUUGGACAUGUUUUUCCAUGAUGAUCCACAGUUGUAGUAGUCUGCUGCUCUCAUGUAUAGUCUAUCCCUUCAACGCUCCAUCCCCUUUUGUAUCUAAUAUGCAUAUUCUCUCUCUCUCUCUCUCUCUCU